CCAAUGAGGAACAAACCCAACCGUCCAGCAGUCGCUCUGUGCAUUCUAGCAGUAAAGUAGGAGGGGUUUUGUGGGUUAGUUUUGAGCAAAGUCCCCUUGCUACAGCUGAGCAUCCGCCGUCUCGUCGCCCCACGGUCCCGGACCAACAAAAUAUUAGUGACAACACUUGCGCGGAGUUUGGAAAUCCCUGUUAUUCGAAGCCAUGGCCACGCCACUGACCGACCAGGAGAAGAGAAAACAGAUAAGCGUUAGAGGGAUUGCCGGGUUGGGCGAUGUUGCGGAAAUCAAGAAGAGCUUCAACAGGCAUCUUCACUUCACGCUUGUCAAAGAUCGCAAUGUUGCGACCCCAAGGGAUUACUUCUUUGCACUGGCGCAUACAGUGAGAGAUCACCUCGUCGGACGUUGGAUUCGCACUCAGCAGUAUUAUUAUGAGAAAGACCCGAAGAGGAUUCACUACUUGUCUCUGGAGUUUUACAUGGGCCGGACCCUGCAGAACACCAUGAUCAACCUGGGCCUGCAGAACGCCUGCGAUGAAGCCAUCUACCAGCUGGGGUUGGACUUGGAGGAGCUGGAGGAGAUUGAGGAGGACGCUGGAUUGGGCAACGGGGGACUGGGGCGGCUUGCAGCUUGUUUCCUGGAUUCCAUGGCUUCCCUGGGCCUGGCUGCAUACGGUUACGGGAUCAGGUACGAGUUUGGCAUCUUCAACCAGAAGAUCUCCAAUGGCUGGCAGGUGGAGGAGGCAGACGAUUGGCUGCGCUAUGGCAACCCCUGGGAGAAGGCCCGCCCUGAGUACAUGCUUCCUGUUCACUUCUAUGGCCGAGUGGAGCACGACGGCGAGGGGGUGAAGUGGGUGGACACUCAGAUCGUCCUGGCGAUGCCUUAUGACACCCCCAUCCCGGGUUACAACAACAACACGGUGAACACCAUGCGGCUGUGGUCGGCUAAGGCCCCCAACGACUUCAACCUGCAAGAGUUUAAUGUUGGGGAUUAUAUCGAAGCGGUGCUGGACAGGAACUUGGCGGAGAACAUAUCCAGGGUCCUGUACCCAAACGACAAUUUCUUCGAGGGUAAGGAGCUGCGUCUGAAGCAGGAGUACUUUGUGGUCGCCGCCACACUCCAGGACAUCAUCCGCCGCUUCAAGUCCUCCAAAUUCGGCUGCCGGGACCCCGUGAGGACCUCCUUCGAAACGUUCCCCGAGAAGGUGGCGGUUCAGCUGAACGACACCCACCCGGCCCUAGCCAUUCCGGAACUCAUGAGGAUCCUGGUGGACGUGGAGAAACUGGACUGGGACAAAGCCUGGGAGGUGACGGUGCAGACGUGCGCCUACACCAACCACACGGUCCUGCCCGAGGCGCUGGAACGCUGGCCCGUUCACAUGUUCGAGAAGCUGCUGCCUCGCCACCUGCAGGUCAUCUACGAGAUCAACCGCCGACACCUGGAGAGAAUCGCAGCUCUCUACCCUGGCGAUACCGGUCGGCUCCAGCGGAUGUCGCUGAUCGAGGAAGGCGACCCGAAAAGGGUCAACAUGGCGCACCUGUGCGUGGUGGGCUCGCACGCCGUCAACGGGGUGGCCCGGAUCCACUCCGACAUCGUCAAGGCCACAGUUUUUAAGGACUUCCACGACGUGGAGCCGGAGAAGUUCCAGAACAAGACCAACGGCAUCACGCCCCGCCGCUGGCUGCUGCUGUGCAACCCGGGCCUGGCCGACAUCCUCGCUGAGAAAAUCGGAGAGGACUUCCUGACUGACCUCUUCCAGCUGAAGAAGCUUCUGAACUUCGUAGAUGACGAAGCCUUCAUUCGCGACGUGGCCAAAGUGAAGCAGGAGAACAAGCAGAAGUUUGCGGCGUACCUGGAGAAGGAGUACAAGGUGAAGAUCAACCCUGAGUCCAUCUUCGACAUCCAGGUCAAGAGGAUCCACGAGUAUAAGAGACAGCUGCUCAACUGCCUGCACAUCAUCACCUUUUACAACCGUAUUAAAAAGGACCCCAAGAAGCCCUUUGUUCCAAGGACCAUAAUGAUUGGAGGAAAGGCUGCCCCCGGUUACCACAUGGCCAAGAUGAUCAUCAGACUCAUCACCGCCAUUGGACAGGUGGUCAACAAUGAUCCCGUGGUUGGGGACAGACUGAAGGUCAUCUUCCUGGAGAACUACAGAGUCUCUCUAGCAGAGAAAGUGGUCCCAGCGGCCGACCUCUCGGAGCAGAUCUCCACGGCGGGCACGGAGGCCUCCGGCACCGGCAACAUGAAGUUCAUGCUGAACGGCGCCCUCACCAUCGGCACCAUGGACGGCGCCAACGUGGAGAUGGCGGAGGAGGCCGGCGAGGAGAACCUCUUCAUCUUCGGCAUGAGGGUGGAGGACGUGGAGGAGAUGGACAGGAAGGGGUACAAUGCCAUGGAGUACUACGAUCGCAUCCCCGAGCUGCGGCAGGUCAUCGAACAGAUCCGCAGCGGCUACUUCAGUCCCAGGGAGCCCGAGCUCUUCAAGGACGUGGUCAACAUGUUGCUGAAUCACGACAGGUUCAAGGUGUUUGCUGACUAUGAGGCCUACAUCAGCUGUCAAGAGAAGGUCAAUGAUCUAUACAGGAACCCCAAAGAGUGGACGAGGAAGGUGAUCCACAACAUCGCCGGAUCGGGCAAGUUCUCCAGCGACCGCACCAUCUCCGAGUACGCCCGCGAGAUCUGGGGGGUGGAGCCCUCCGACGUGAAGAUCCCGCCCCCCAACGCACCCCGCGAGAUCCCGCCCCCUAACACGCCCCGCGAUUGAGUCCGGGAGUCCCCCCGAAAAAUGCACUGCCCCCCCCCCCCCACCCCACCCCCUUCUGUGACUCCGCCCCUCGCUCCCUCCCCAGGCGCUCAGCCCUAAGCUCCGUCCCAAACCGCAGACCUCCGUGUUCCGAGCGCUCGUCGCGAAACCGCGCCUCCAGGUUGGGGGCGCGUGUCCGAACCAAAGUGCGGGCGAACGGAGCGCGGUUUGGGACGCAGCUAAACGCUUCAUAAUUAGGGAGGGAGGACGGUGGUAGGCUGCGACUUAAUACAAUCACACGUGACACGGAUCUGUGACUGCAACUUCCCAUCCAUUUCAUUUGUGCCGUUAGGGAAGCAGGCAGCAAGCCGAAACGUUUGAGGCGAUGGAAUUUAAUGGCUUUCUAGAAUAUCCAUUUUGGUAAAUCUCAUGAGUGGUACAAGCAUUUGCACACAGAAAACAUUCUAAUCAUAUGAAUACCGCCCCCCCACCCCGCCCAUAUGUGCUGUAUAGACAUAUGGGUUGAUUCAACAAUAUAUUUUAAUAUGCCGUUUUACUGAAGAAGGCUUGUCAUUUUCUACUACAUUUCGUUACCCAGCAUAAUAUUGUAUAAAAUUAUGCGGGGAAAGAAACAACCCAAAAAAAACCAAAAGGAUCCCCCAAAAAAUCAGGACAAAUAAAGUGGCUUGUUUUCACAUUUGCACUUAGAAUACAGGCGGAGUGACACCUGUAGUUCUUUUACCAGGGAAGGCCUUGAUAAUGACUGUGGAACAAUGUGAUAGUCAAAAAACAUAAUUAUACAAUUUCAUAGUGGGGCUAAAACACUUUGCUGUACUUGAAUGUAUUUUAGUUUUAAAGCUACUGUUGUUUAAAAAAAAAAAAAAAAAAACUAAUGCAACUUGUGUGUUUGUGGAUGUGUGUGUAAAAAAAAAGUUAUUUUCUGUAGCAGGUUAAGCUCUUUCUCCCACACCAUUUCAAAGUACUGUACUGUGGUUACGCUUUGAUUCUCGAAACUGAGAAAAGGAAUAAACAAGUAUCACAGGUG